AAAUACUUUCGAUCCCAUCAGGCUAAGCGUCUUACAUGCAGCACGAUGUCGAAGCAGUCGCCCGAAACACCAGAACCAAAGUGAAUCAGCGCUGCGGGCGCAUAGACGAGCACGUCGAGAAACAGGUGUUGCGUCGGCUCGAAUUAUGUUACCGUCUAGGCAAGGGCGCGUACGGUAUGGUAUGGAAAGUGAUUGAGAAGCGGACACGGCGGGUGGUGGCAUUGAAGAAAUGCUUCGAUGUGUUGGGCCGGUCAGAGGACGCACAACGCAUGUAUCGAGAAAUAAUGUACCUGCAGGCGUUGAGCGCCCACGAUAACAUCAUAAAGAUGCAGCACGUAAUCCGGGCGGAGACGGGGCAGGAUAUGUACAUCACCUUUGAUUUCAUGCAGGCUGAUCUACUCUCAGUAAUACUUGCAAACGUCCUGCAGCCAAUUCACGUUAAAUAUGUGGUUUAUCAGCUUCUUAAAGCGUUGAAGUUCAUACACAGCGCAGGUAUCGUGCACCGAGACGUAAAACCUUCAAACCUUUUGUUGAACUCGGACUGCCAUAUGAAAAUUUGCGAUUUUGGUCUUGCACGGUCUCUUGAACUUGGAUCUAAUGCAGUCGAAAAUCCAAAGCUCACCGAGUAUGUUGGCACUCGAUGGUAUCGUGCGAUCGAGGUCCUACUUGGAUCGUCACAUUACACUUUUGCUGUGGACAUAUGGGCAGUCGCUUGCAUCUAUGCCGAAAUGCUCCUACGUCGCCCGCUCUUUCCCGGCACCUCAGCGGUUGACCAGAUUGUAAAGAUAUUGGCACUUAUUGGGAGACCUGGGGCUAUUGACAUCAACUCAGUAAACAGCGCAUACGCUUUUACUCUACUUGAGAUGCUCCCUGUGCUGCGCCCGGUCUCGUUUGUAGAGACUUUCCCGGAUGUUAGUGCAGAGGCGUUGAAUUUCAUGUCCCAGUGUCUCAAUUAUAGCCCUAGAAAAGGCUGCCGUUGUACUGUGGAGGAAGCUUUGAGGCAUCCCUUCAUCGCGGAGUUCCACGACCCUGACGAUGAGCCCUCGUAUGGCAAAAAGAUAGCCCUUGCUCUCGAUGACUAUCAGUUAUUUACGGCACGUGAAUAUCGAGUGGCCAUAUAUGGCGCCAUAUUCAAGCGCAAGGUCUCUGCCCGCAAGCUCGAGCGCGGGCUCAUGGCAAAUCCUGCCAAGGUCAUUCUGAUGGAACACGAGGAGACCCUACCAGAGCCCUUUUGAUACAGCCCACCGCCGUCCGACACCACCCCGCCUUCGCGGGGUGGACUAACAUUGGCCUUGGUUGGUCUGCGCCACGUCGAGUUAGUGGCGAUCCAUUAAAUUGGAGCUAGGU